UGUGAAAAAUAAAAAGAAGAAGAAAAAUAAGUGUAAAUUCUCCAACGCAAGUUUUAUGUUUUAUUUUCAGAAAAAACUCCCUUUGGGUGCCGUCGCAGCCUCCGCCCCUCUGUGUGCCCCUAUGUGAUGUGAAUCUCGUCAAAUUGUGUUGGAUUUUCUUUUGUAUUUUUCCCGUGGGCGCGGUGCAUUUUAACGCAAAUUAGGGGGGGCCUGGUUUUCGUCGUAGGAUUGGGGUUUUUUUAGGCCUCCUCUCUCUCUCGACUAACAUGGAGGAAGAGGACUACCCACCGCAGAAGCCGUAUCACACAAAAUUCUCCGACGAUGAUCUCGUAAAUCUGUGCCAGCGGGCGAAUUUGGUUAAGGCCUACAACACGCCCCAGUGGGAACCGAAGGGGAGGAAUGAACCCGAAAAUACGCUGAAGCAUGCCAAACACAGUGUCAAAGGUGUAGGAAAGAGUGUCUCAAACGGACAGGAGUCGUGGGGCAGAGAUUCCGGAGCCAGAGAUUUGUCCCCAGAAGUCCUGAGGGCUCCCACAUCCAGUGAAGCUGGAAGUCAAAUAACUGAGAGUGAAGUGGCCAAUUGCUCAAUUGUCGACCUGGCCAACAAGUUUCACGCAUCAGCAAUGUCAGCACUCAAGUCAGAAGUCAUGGAAAUGGCGGAGAAGCUCAAGAAUGCCACAAAGGAUAGGGAAGCGCUGCAGAAGGAGCUGUCAGAGGCCUUGGAGGAGAAGGAUCGCUCUCGGAGGCGAUUGGAAGUCAUCAGUGCAGCCCAUGAGAGUCGCCUCACUGAAAUGCACUGCGUCAUUGUGGAGCUGAGUAAGAAACUAAAGAGAUACGAGGAGAGAUCCAUUCUUGAGGAGCAGGAACCCGAAGAGAGUGUAUCAGAACUGAGCUUCCAGGAGGGUUCAGUCUACAAUUCCGAGCAGGAAGGUCAGGCCGUUGACUACGAACCCACGGAUCAGUUGGAAGUGAAAUCAGAACAGCAGGAGAGGCUGACAAAUGUGGAUGAUUUGGGUCAAAUUGCCGGACAAGCAAGUAGUGCCCAGAUGGAGGUACUUCAGGAGGAGGUGCUGCAUUUACGUGCCCAAGUUGCUCUUCUGCAAUCCCAUCUUGCCUGUACCACCAACCUCAGGAACCUCACGCGGGAAUUGUCAGCUGAAAGUGGAAAUUGCGAGAUGAACCCCGAGCAAAUCCCAGAAGAUCUCGCCACAAACCAAAGGAUCGCCCCUAAAUUCAGUCAUGCCGAAAUGGCAAAGAAAUCACCCCUGAACAUGGGCCCCACCUACAACUCCAUGCGGAGUCAGAAGCUUAUGGAAUUCACCAAUGGGCCCCCAAUUGCCAAAAUUGCCGAACGUGUGAAGCUGAGAAAGACCACAGAGCAUGCUGGGGAACUUCCGGAAGUUCUCGGGGAGGAAUUCCCCCAAAUGGAGCACCUUGUUACGGAUCUCAUGCACGAUCCCAGUGGGAGUGACCUGGAGAAUCUCCAAAUGUCCAAUAUCAUGCAAAUUGAGCGUCUCCACAAUCGCAUUGAGCAUCUUCAGGCACAAAACGCCCUCCUGUCGUUGACACUGAGCGAGAAUAAGUCACACUGUGAUCAGCUCUAUCUCCUCUGUGGCCAGUACGAAUCCAAUGCCAUUGCCCUGCAGCAGGCGCUGAAUUUUAGCGAUAGAACCAUCGAGGCGUACGACGUGAUGCUGGCACUCUUUGAGAGUCGUCUCGAUGUGCUGGAGAAGAAUCCCGCUGGCGUGAAGAAUCGUCAGGAUGCUGAGAAUGUUGCCCGGCACCUACUCAGUCACCUUGAGAGUGAGAAGAAUCUACCCGAUCACAGCCUUGGCCCAUGGCAGGAUGCCUCCCUCAUCUAUUCCUCCAGUGACGACAACCUGAUCCCUUGGUCCAAGGAGGAUGAUUUCCGCCUGCGAGAACAUAUUUCAAAGCUCAAAGGAAACCGCGCGAGGGUACAGAACACAACAGUUGUCCUCCAGUCGCCCUACUAUUGCGAGGAAAGCGGAGAGUUCGCCUCAACCAUGCCGAGUGCAUCGAAAGGGCAUCCAAAGAGUAGUCACGACGAAAAGAGAAUGGACAUGGAGGUGGCGGUGCUCAUGCAGGAACUAAUGAAUAUGCGUGAGGACAUUGUGGAGUUUAAAUUUCGCGCUGAAAUGUCCGAAAGGGAGAAACGAUGCGCCGAGGAGGGUCUAAUGACUGUCCAGAAGGCCCUAACGCAACUCCAGGCACAAUUCACCCACAACGAAGCCCUCGUCUCCAAGUCCGAGAAGCCCACAGACACGGACUACGUUGAGAACAUGGAGAGGGAACUCGUGCAGGCCUUUGCGCGUGAAUCGCGGCUCAAGAUGCGUCUACAGCGACUCGUGGAGAGCGUUACGACGGCCAUGAAGACGUCAGAAGGGAAGAAAUCAUCAUCCAAAUAGCUCUCGCCCAAUAAUUGGGCAUCAUCACUGCGGAGUUUCGUGAUUUUUUUUCUCGAAACUCUCUGCUCUGCAUUUUGCACUAUUUAAUGAAGAAGAAGAAGAAACCUUAGCAAAAAAAAAUCUACAAAAAUAUCCCAUUUUAGCCUUGCCCGGAAACUUUUCGCGGGUAGUGUAUAUUUAAUGAAAAAUGAAAAAAAAAUAUCAUAGAAAGUGCAUUUCUGUUGCAAAUUGUAAGACUUGAUAUUUAAGAAUGAUGGUUCUCCUCCAUCACAGACCCCCAGUAUUAUCUCUCACACAAAAAACAUGAAAUUGUGUACCCAGAAGCAGCAUAAAAAAACGGCUAAUUCCUAUCAUGUCGAAAAACUUGCAAUAUAUACAUACUAACAACAUUUUUCGCAUGCAUAGGCUUUCAUACAAAAUGGAAUAAAGAAUGAAAAAAAAAAACUAAUUUUGCAUUUAAAGCAGCUUACACCGUGCAAAGAAAACAAAUAUAUUAUUAUAAUCUUAUAUUAAAAAAAUGAAGAAUAUUGACAAACAAAUAAUUCACGAGCAACUGAAGAAAAAAAAAUGUUAUUAAUACUAGAAAAUAGCUUUUGUGAUGCAAGUCAAUAAAUUUGCCAUAUA